AUGCUUUCCCGCAGUGCGCCCCGUCUUCUCCGUGCCGGCUCGGCUAUCCGUGCCUCCUCGCGCACCUCCACUCCAGCCCGCCAAGCUGUCGCUCCCCUCUGCCGCAGCUACCCAGCGCAUCUGCGGGCAUUCACCUCUUCCACAUUCUUCUCAAAGGGCCUCCAGCCUGACUCGGAGAACCCUAAGCCAUCCAACCCUCAGUCUACACCCAUCGCUGGUUCUGGCUUACAUGUCACCGAGCCUUCUCCUCUGACUCCGGAAGAAUACCACGAGUACUCGGAGCAUUACUUCAAUGUUCUCCUCGGAGAGUUGGAGAAGGCGCAAGAGGAGGGGUCGGAUGUGGAAGCAGAGUACAGUGCUGGCGUCCUCAACAUCACCGUUCCCGCGAUCGGCACCUACGUCCUGAACAAGCAACCCCCCAACAAGCAGAUCUGGCUCAGCUCACCCAUCUCCGGCCCCAAGCGUUACGACUGGAUUGUCGAGGGUGAUAGCAUGUUCGAGAAGCAGGACUCACGUCCGUUUGUGCACGGCCAAUGGAUCUACCUCCGGGACGGGUCAAACCUGACCGAGCUGUUGAACUCGGAAUUGACGCUGCAGCUUCCGAAGGAUAUCUAUGGUGAGGAAGUGGAUGCGUAA